AUGGAAGUGAACAUCGGAGAGAAGGAGGAGUUGCGGCGAGCGCAAUCCGAUCUGGAUGAGAAACGGAAGACGGUUAUGCGAUUGAAGAGUGCGAUCGAGGAACUGAAAAAGGUUUUUCGAGAGAACAGGAACAUCAAGGAGGAGGUGGAAGCGAACGCCAGGAAGAUCGAAAGUAUCGACGACGAACUUCGCGCGUCAAAACGGACGCUCGGCGACAGAGACAGAAUGAUUUUUGACAAAGAUCGAGCGACGACCAACUUGAAGAAGGAAAUCGCCGCUCUCAGGGACGAACUUGCUGCCGAAAAGGACAAGGUGGCAAAAGCCGUGAAGGAACGCAGCGACGACGACGCCCGAAGUUCGGUGACGCUCGAGAAGAUAAAAGACGAAUUGCGACAUGCGAACCGGGAAGCGGCGGCUGCAAAAGACCUCCAACGACGGUCGGCGACGAAGCUGGAAGAGACCGAGAAGCUUGUGGAGAGUCUGAAGGAACGGUUGGAUGACAAAGGUCGCUCGACUGCCAAUGCGAAUAAGGAGAUCGCCUCCCUCAGAGACGAACUUCGUGCCGAAAGGGAAAAGGUGGCAACGGAUUCCAAGGAACGCAGCGACGGCGACGCCCGACGUUCGGCAUUUUUCGAAAAGAUCAAAGAGGAUUUGCGACUGGCGACUCGCAAAUUGGAGACUGCCAAAGACAGGGAACGACGGUCGGCGAAGAAGUUGGAAGAGAGCGAGAGGGAGGUCGAGAGUCUGAAGGAGUGGUUGGACGUAACGGAGAAGAAUCACGAAGCGAACCUUCGCGAGUUUUGUUCUUCCGCCGAGUCCGACAAGGCGAAGGCGAUCUCAGAUCUGGAAACGGCCAAGGCCGAUCACACAGACAGGACCGAUAUUCUCCGGACGGAGAUUGCCGAUUUUAAGGAAAAGCUGGCCGAGGCCACCCGAAAGGAGUCUUUGCUGAUCAAGGAUGUCGAGAAAUUAACCGCCCUGACAGAUGAUAACGAAAAGGAGAGUAGGAGGAUGGAAAAGCAUCUUUCCGAUAAAGAUCGCUCGGCUAUCGACUUGCGGAACGAGAUCGACACCCUGGAAGAGAAAAUGAAACGGAACGAAAGUGAGAUUGACGAUCAAAUGACGGCCUACAAAGAAGAGAUUGAAAGAAACGUGAAGAGGAUGAAAGAGUUGGACGCUACGAUCGCGAAGAAGAUUCGAGAGGCGGCCGGUCUCGAAGACAAGAUCGCCGUCCUCAAAGAAGGGAAGGAACGUGACGGACGGAAAAUAAAAGGGUUGGGGGUGCAGCUCGCUAACAAGGGACGCGAGGCGACCGCUCUCAAAGACGAUAUAGCCGCAUUGCAAACGGACCUCUCGAGAGCGCGCGAAGAAUGCGCGGACGACCGGAGUACCGAACUUUCCGUCAUUCUAGAACGGACGUCCCGCGAUCUGGCGGCCGCCAAGGAAGCCGAGAUCAGGCUGAUGGCGAACCACGAAAACAUCGAGAAGGAGAUCCCGCAGUGGAAGCAAUGGGUCGAAGAAUUAGAAAAGGCACGAGACGAAUCUCACGAAUCCCACGCCAAGGAACUCGGAUCGCUUCGAGACGAUCUCGAGAGGGAGAAAUCGGACGCUGAGACGAAACUUGCAACGGCGAAGGCGAGCCACUCGGACGAUAUCGAAAAUCUUCGAACGCAGAUAUCUUUCAUUAAAGAAAAGGAAUCAAAACUGAGAAGAGACACUGGUAAGUUGCAUGCGGCCCUAAAGGAACGGGAAGAAAAUUAUCUCGAUCGGAUAGCUAAACUGGAAUCCGAUAAGAUUUCGCGAUCGGCAGAAGCGGAAGAGGCUCUUGAAGAGUGCGCGUCCCUCUCGGAGAAACUGAAGCUCGCGACCGAUUCCGAACGUCGGUCGAAGGAGGACCUUGAUAGGUGGCAAGCCGAGAAGAGGUCGUGGCAAGCGAUGGCCGAACGACGUUCGGCAGAUCUCGACAAGCUUCGCGACCUGCUGAAUACGUCUGAGAGAGAACGCGCAAAUCUUGAGUCCCAACUUUCGAACGUUGACAAGAAUCUAACGGAAUCGAAAGAAACGGAUUCGUUGAAGCGGGAGCUGGAAAGACAUCGACAGGAGAUCCGACAACUCGAACAACUUCUGAUCGACGUUAAGAGGGAGAAGUCGGGGGGAGUCCAACGAAUGAAUGAUUUCGGAACUAAGUAA